UCCCUUUUGUCCCCUGUCUAACCCUCACCCUCUCCAGGAUUUGCCUCUGCUCCACAGUGGCUGCUUCCACCAGGCCAAGACAUGAAGAGACUGGACCUCAUAGGCCUGGGAGGCUCUGAGACCGUGAGAGGCCAGAGGACCGGACCGCAAACCAGCAUGAGCCUAUGUCCGGCCAGCAAGGUCGGACAGGUCCCCUGUAUGUCCAAUCUGUGUCUUCUCCUCCUGGGGAAAAGCUACUCAGGAAAAAGUGCCACAGGAAACACCAUUCUGGGCAAAACUGUCUUUAAGUCCAAGUUUUGUGGUCAAAUGGUGACUAAAACGUGCCAAAAAGAGAAAUGGUCCCUGAACAAGAGGGAGGUUGUGGUCAUUGACACCCCUGAACUUUUCUCCUCAAAAGUUUGCCCUGAAGAGAAGAAAUACAACAUCCAGCAGUGCUUGGAGCUCUCUGCUUCCACUCUCCGUAUCCUGCUCCUGGUAAUUCGCAUUGGCCAUUAUACAAGGGAGGACAAGGAAACAGUCAAGGGCAUUGAAGACGUGUUUAGACCUGAAGCCUGGAAGUCCACCAUUAUUGUUUUCACACAGAAAGAUGAUUUGGAGGAUGACUCGCUGGAAGAUUUCAUUAAUUCCGACGAGUCUCUCAAGGAGUUGGUUCAGAGAUGUGAGAACCGAUACUGUGCUUUCAACAACAAGGCAGAUGAGGAUGAGCGGACCACUCAGGUGUCAGAGCUUCUUUGCAAGAUUGAGGAUUUAGUAUUUAAGAAUGAAAGUUCCUAUCAUGUGAACUUCAAAAUGGAAGGCAGCAGAUUCCAGAAUUGUGUAAAUGAAAUUGUACCACAGGAGAAGGGCCAUCCACAUGGCCCAGAGAAGAGGCAGAAGCAGGACACAGGACCUGAGCACAGCUUGGGGACAUCAGAGCUGAAGGUCCUCCUCGUGGGGAAGCAAGGUGCUGGAAAAAGUGCAGCAGGAAACAGCAUUCUGGGGACACGGGUCUUUGAGACCAAAUUUAGUGAGCGUCCAGUAACCCAGAGCUUUCAGUUUGGGAGCAGAAUCUGGAGAGAGAAGAAAGUUUUGAUCAUUGAUUCUCCAGACAUCUCAUCUUCAAAGAAUGUUGAAUCAGAGCUUAGGAAACACACCUGUACAGGCCCUCAUGUCUUCCUGCUGGUGACACCACUGGGCUCAUAUGGCAAGAAAGAUAAAGCUGUGCUGGAAAUCAUCAAAAGCAAUUUUGGGGACAAAUUCAUUCAGUACAUGAUCAUUCUCCUAACCAGGAAGGAAGAUUUAGGGGAUAGGAAUUUAGAAAAGUUCUUAAGCAAUGAAACUGAUCUCAAUCGGCUCAUCCAGCAAUGCAAAAACAGAUACAGUGCCUUCAACUACCGUUUAACAGGAAGAGAAGAACAAAGGCAGGUGGAUGAGCUCUUGCAAAACAUUGAGAACAUGGUGAAGCAGAAUGGAAGCAAGCCCUGCAUCUUUAGAGAAAAAGAAGCUCUGAGCAUUAUCCUUGUGGGGAGGAGUGGGAAUGGGAAGAGCGCAACUGGAAACACCAUCCUGAAGCAUGCCAUCUUCCCCUCUCGUCUCCAAGCCCAGUCAGUCACCACGGUGUGCCAGAGCAGCAGGACCACGUGGGAUGGGCAGGAUGUGGUGGUUGUGGACACUCCUUUCUUUAACCUGAUGCCUGGUGCUGAGAGAGAUCCAUCCUGGUUAGAGGAGGAGGUCAAACGCUGCUGGUCCUUCUGCAAAGAAGGGACCAAGACAUUUGUCCUGGUGUUCCAGCUGGGGCGGUUCACAGAAGAGGACAAAGCAGUGGUGGAGAAACUGGAGGCCACCUUCGGAGAGGAAGUUAUGAGUCAUGCCAUUGUGCUGUUCACCCGGAAGGAGGACCUCAUGGAUGAGGAGCUUGAAAAUUACAUUGAGAAUACAAAUAACAAAGCCCUUAAAAAUGUAAUUAAAAGGUGUAAAAUGCGAUACUGUGGUUUUAAUAACAAAGAAACUGGCCCAGCUGGGGAAGCCCAGGUGAAAACUCUUUUGAGAAUAGCCAAUGAUCUGAGAUGGAACCAUAAUGGGAAAGGGUACUCCCAUACAUGGGAAGAUGUCAGUAAGGAAAUUAAACAUGCCCAGGAAAACUCCCUUUUCAAAAAAAUCCUAAAGAAUUUGAAAGUUCAACAUAAGUAGCUGAAAUGUCUGGAGUCUCUUUAAGUUAGGGACACUCUCGGGUUGGGGAGCAGGGCAUGGCGGGACUGAUAGAUGUGAGGAAGGUCCACGGUUUUGUGGCUUAUGAGGUAAGCAUCCCAUCUUGUGAUGCUUCAGCUACUUAUAGGUAAUGGACUAUGAGGGGCAAAUAGAAGGAGAUUAUAAAGGAGAAAGAAUUCUAGGAAUAAACAGUCUGGGCCGGUGGGCAUGGACAUUCCAGCUUCAUUCUCUCUCUCUACCCAUCUUCAUUGGUAUGUGGAUUCUACACUGAGGCUUGCUUCUUGGUUUCAAGACCCUGGUGCUCUAUCUGUGGCUGUACAGGUAACAUGGAGAGCUGCUGGAGGUGUAUGAGAUGGAAAAUAAGGAAUCAUCCUCAGGCUCAGAUGUUUUCAAUAUUAACCACUUUAUACAUGCUUUGAUGGUACUGGUAGGAUCUUUGUCAUUUAGUUUCUUCCAACCCCCAUGAUAUUGGGUUCCUUUCAAGGUUAGUCCAUUCAUAAAAGCAUGGACUGUCACUAUUAAUAUUUUUGGACUUCAUAU